UGUUUACAUUGCUGACUCUCGGGUCACAAGUAUGAGCCGUGUGGUGGUGAGGGGCCUUCCACACAAGUGUCUGCCUGAAAUCACGUCUCGACUGACUUCGUAGCACACGCGCUCCAUGUGAGGAGACGGAGCAUAAAACCAAGUGCGACUUGCCACACAAGACCCACCUUUUGGUUCCGACCUUGGGAAGAAAGAAAAAGUCAUCCAACAGUAGUAGCGUCCUGAGUGACCAUAGAAAACUCGUAGCGUGAAGGAGGGAUAGCUUAGCAACUGAGAGUCCGACUUCCUGGGGUGCACAGGAUCAGUCUCCUAACACUAUGUCCAUGGACAUGCAGCCGCAAGGACAGCAAGCAGAAACGCCACCGUUUCAACCCCAGAAACCACUUCAACUGGACAUGGACUACAGCUCAUUGGCAAACUUCCAGAUUGAGAAGAAGAUUGGCAAAGGACAGUUUAGCGAGGUGUACCGAGCUCGGUACAUACUAGACAACACACCAGUGGCCCUGAAGAAAAUCCAGAUAUUCAACUUGAUGGAUGCCAAAGCUCGGCAAGAUUGCAUCAAAGAGAUAGAUCUCCUUAAGCAACUGAACCACCCUAAUGUGAUUAAGUAUCACGCAUCCUUCAUCGAGGACAAUGAACUGAACAUAGUCCUGGAGUUGGCGGAUGCUGGGGACCUCUCUCGAAUGAUUAAUCACUUCAAGAAUCAGAGGAGACUUAUCCCAGAGAAAGCGGUGUGGAAGUACUUUGUCCAGGUCUGCAGGGCGCUUGAACAUAUGCACUCUCGGAGAGUCAUGCACAGAGACAUCAAACCAGCCAAUGUAUUUGUCACAGCCACUGGUGUGGUGAAACUAGGAGACCUGGGACUGGGAAGAUUCUUCAGCUCUAAAACAACUGCUGCUCACUCUUUAGUGGGUACCCCAUACUACAUGUCACCUGAGAGGUUACGUGAAAAUGGCUACAACUUCAAAUCUGACAUCUGGUCGCUCGGAUGCCUUCUCUACGAGAUGGCUGCCUUACAGAGUCCCUUCUACGGGGAUAAGAUGAACUUGUACUCCCUUUGCACGAAGAUUCAACAGUGCGACUACCCCCCUCUUCCCUCAGAUCAUUACUCACAAGAGCUCAGAGACUUGGUAGACAUGUGCAUCAACCCGGAUCCCGAGAAGAGGCCGGACAUCACCUACGUGUACGACAUUGCCAAAAAAAUGCGGAACAUGACGCAGGGAAGAUAAGCCCAGAGUUACACACACUAUGCCUUGCAGAACUCCUUCUCUUUUCCUUCUUGCUUUCUAUGCUGGACUUGUAACACAGCUGUCAGCUUUUAUAUAAGUGUUUACACUUUGGCUCUUUGUGACAGUUGGUACAUGUAUUAGAAUUUCAUUGUCAAGCAACAGACUGUAAAAAAAAAAAAAAGAAAGACUGACACAAGGGCUGCACCUCAAAAUUUAUCUGUUGAGAUAUUCGUCGGUUUUACAGAAAUAUCCCUCUUUUUUUCUUGCAAAUGUAAACAGUCUGAGCUCAUGCAGCCUGGCGUCCAUUCAUUCACAGAUGUGACUCAGGUCAUGUCCGUUUACCUGUCCGGAGAUUUGGAAAGGUUUUAAACAACUUUGGAACAUUUAGUUUGGAAACAGUUUUUCACUUAAUCAACACUAUAGUGUAAAUAGGAAGCUAUUUUCUUGCAUCUCCCUUCUGCUUCUAUUCAUUGCUUGAAUAUAGGAUUUACUUACUCGUGUGGCAGAAAGCCCUGAAAACACAAGUUUAAUUUUUUGUGCCCAUGAAAGUACCAGUUUUAGAGUAAAUUCUUUUUUUAGUGUUCCGAUAGGUAACUUUUGUUCUUUCAUCACAGAAAUGAAGCUUUCCCCAAUGCUAAAAUGCUUGAAUUGAAUUUUGUAAACCUAAACUACAGUGUCACAUUAUAUUAGGAAUUAGUUAUAAAUCCAAAGGUGAAAUGUGGCACAGAAGUUGCUGCUCCAUCGGAACUUGUCUGAUAGAAGGACCAGGUCAUGAGGUCGAGCACUUAGUAACUCGAGCAGAACUUUCAUUGAGGAAGUCGUUUAUUCUACGUCCAUUAUUGACACUUAGAGAUUAGUCAGCACUCUUCUUUUUUGUGUGGGUUUUAAAACAUUUACUGACAGAUUGAUCUAUUCCUCUCUUUGCCAACAGCUCAGAAAUUGUGCCUGUUUUGAAAGUCCAGAAUUUAGAACUUUGUUUUGUUUACAGUUGAAGGUAAAUUAACUGUUUAAUGUAAUUUUUUCUGUUAAAUAAUUAGUCCUAUCAGAGUUAUCUUGAAAUGAACUUGGUAUUUUAUUCCCAUCGGAAUGAAAACUAAAACGGCCUCCUUUUUCUUUUCUUUAAGAAAACGCUGAACUAUAAUAGCUUGUUUUGUCCUUUUAACCGUCCAUUAUUCAGCAGCUUUUUUUCCUAUAGAAAUGCUUCGAUGAAUUUAACCAGACAAAUGUUAAAAUACGACCAAUAGUCUGUAGACGUUUUACUACUAAAUGUGGCCUUGUUUACUAAUGUUGUAAAACAAAAGAGAAAUUACCAAAAAAAAAACGUCAAAACUUUAAGCUGCAACGGGGGUAGCAGUAUUUUAGCCAAAAAUAAGUGUUUCACUUUUCACUCUGGUUUUGGUGGGAUGGGAGGGUGAUCGGGUCUAAUGAAUGUAUUUGAGAAGAAAGGGCCUUUGGAGGACAGGGAGCAGACAUGUUUGAGAGAGAACAUGUACGUCUGACAGCCUGUAGACGGAGAAGCUGCAGCAAAAAGGGAGUUGGAUAUGUUUAGUGUUUACCUUCUGUCACCAAUGUUUCCUCUUCAUAAACUGUUGAUACAAAGCACAAAGUUUCUUGGGAUGUUUGGGGGAAAAAAUAAUGGGAGAACAGAAAAUAAUUUAGGAAGAUAUUUUAUAAUAUGACAUUUGGAGUCCAUCUUGCUUUAAAUUAUGUCAGGAGAUGAUGGAUUUUUUCUUUUUUGUGUGUUUUGACAUUUGUGCCUGGUGUUGCACCACAAAAGGCCUAACCAAAGACCCCCUCUAAAACCAAAAUUAAUGGAAGGUAGUCUUUUUUUUAAUGGUGUAGAAGUAUGUUGGAUGAAAAUGGGCAACCAAAAGAAAAAAGGGGAAAAUAAGCCAUUUUUGAGAAAAACGUAUUGUACAAAAAGUAAAAAUAAACAUCUAUGGAUGUUAUGGUGACCUGUUGUUUCUAAGAAAAGGAGUUGAUUACACUGUUGGUGCCUUGAAUGACCAGAGAUUACCAAUCAGACAUGUUAGAUGUAACAUGUAUGUCAAACGAAAAUAUGACUUUUUUUUUUUUUUUUGAAGUUUUGUUUUUAUUUUGGCCCAGAAGUCUUUUAACACAGAAAACCUUGGCAAAUCUUUAUUAAACCUUCAAGAUCCUCUUUAUAUGAUGUUUUUUUCUUACUAAUAUGUAUAAUAAAUGCAAUUAUACCCUAAAGGUGCAAGACAAUAUUGUGUUUAAUAUAUGUCUGCAGAUUUACAGCAAAUAAAAUGCUUUGAUAUUUUUAUUUGCUUGACUUUUGCCUGGAUGUUUUUUUUUCCCCACAUCACUGAAAUCAUAUUGUUUCUUCAGUGUUUCUUUGGUUUUCUGUCAUAUAGGUCAUGGUUCUGACGCUGUUCUCUCAGUGCUGUCAUGUUUAAGAGCAUCAGAAAACAAAGAUUUCAGUGUCAUGUUGAACAUGUCUGGGAACCGUUGCUUUAAAGCACUUUUUAGAUUUUAGAAAUAAUGUUAUAAGUAGUUUUGAUUUGGUACACGAGUGAAAACGUAGUAAAGUAGAUUGAAAACCAAAUUUUAUUAUUCGUAUUUUGGCACAUUUUGGGGGAAAAGAAAGCACCUAAUUGAUUUAUAAAGUGUAAAAUGCAUUUCCAGAACCAAAGCACCAUAUUUAGUUAGAAAAUAAAAGCUAGACAGAACGUUUGUUUACAUGAAAAAGUGGACAUUUGUAUUAUUAUUUGAAUCUUUACAAAUGGGAUGUUUUAAUACUCGCAGAGCUGUGUCACUUUAAGUAUUGGGUCACUUUUUUCUUGAUGAUUUUGUGGGUCUGUAUGUUAUAUGUGACAGUGUCUGUGUACCAACAUUUAACUUUGCUGUUUUACUUCUCUGCAUGCCCUUGGAGUUUGGUGUUCAAAAGUAAAAACAUUAGUACUUAAUAUUUAUUGUCUUGGUGUCUUCAGUUUUUUUCUCUGUUUUUUGUCAAAUAGAAAUAUUACACUCCCUGUAUGCAAACUAAAUCUAAUAAAGCUUUUAAAUUUCUUUCA